GAAACUGAGAUUUUUUUGUGUUUUUUUCCCAUUAGAGCAUCAAGUUCUUCUUCAGAGUGUGUGGAUUUAGAGGAAAAAAGUGAGAUUUUUCUUUGUUUCACUCCAUUAGAGUAGGAAGAUCUUCUCUGAAGCUUUGGAUCUUCGGCCAUGGAUGCCAAUGAAGCCACGAGGGUUGUUUUCUCUCGGAUCCAAACCCUAGACCCAGAGAACGCCUCGAAGAUCAUGGGUUUUCUCCUGAUCCAGGACAAUGGCGACAAGGAGAUGAUUCGCCUUGCCUUCGGCCCUGAAACUCUUCUCCAUUCCAUCAUCCUCAAAGCUCGGAAAGAGCUUGGGUUACUAAACCCUAACCCUAAUCCUACUUCGCCGGCAUCCAGUCCUUUCCUUCUCGCUCGCCAGAGCUCCGGCCACCAGCCAUGGGACUUCAUUGACGACCUCCAGCUCCAUGAUCAGUUCCCUUUCCUCGCGGAACCAAGCGCCGGCCACCACGCUUAUCGCCGGAGCUGCUCCCCGGCUGCCGACGCCGCCGACCUUGGUUGGCGUCCAUGCCUUUACUUCGCUAGAGGCUACUGUAAGAACGGCAAUGGCUGCAAGUUCCAGCAUGGCUUACUGGAAGAGAUGAAGAUGGACGCCAUGGUUGAGCAGCAUUGCCGUGAGCUUCUUCUCAGAACUAAGACCCAAAUCCCUCCUCCUCCUCCUCCUCCUCUCCCUUACUCUCCUACUUCACCAUUACCUCCUUCCAGGAGUGCUCUUGAAGCUCUAAUCAUGGGAGCAGGAAGUGAAGAAGCUUUCAAAUUCACAGGUAGGUACAGGAGUGACUAUGCAGCCAUGGCCAGUCCUAGUGCUAGACAGAUCUACCUGACAUUUCCAGCUGACAGUACAUUCAAGGAAGAAGAUGUCUCCAAUUACUUCAGCAUGUAUGGACCAGUUCAGGAUGUGAGAAUUCCAUAUCAGCAGAAAAGAAUGUUUGGAUUUGUGACAUUUGUUUAUCCAGAGACUGUGAGAUUGAUCUUAGCCAAAGGGAAUCCUCACUUUGUUUGUGAUGCCAGAGUUCUUGUCAAGCCGUACAAGGAGAAAGGCAAAGUCCCUGACAAGUUCAGUUUGUUGAUAAUGAACAGGAGACAACAACAGCAAAGUGAGAGAGGAGAUUUCUCUGGAUGUACAACUCCUACUGCCAUUGAACUUCAACUUGGAGCAAGGAUGCUGUUCAGUAACAGUAAUCAAGAUAUAUUGCUAAGAAGGAAGCUAGAAGAACAGCAACAAGCACUGGAACUACAACAAGCUAUUGAGCUUCAAAGAAGACAGUUCAUGGGACUUCAACUCCAUGACAUCAAAACAAGAAGCUCACUCUCAACUACUCCAUCAGAUGGCAGCCAUGAAGAUGGAUCACCAGAAGACAAGUCAAUGAGCCCUGCACUUCCUACUGGUACUACUGCAGUCCAGCAGAGCAACAACCACCACACCAGCAGCAACAACACCCACGAGUUGGUGCAUCAGAGUGCAGUCAAAGUUGCUGAGAAAGAGGAAUCUGGUGGUGAUGUGAGCCCCAAAGAUGAUGGUGAUUUCCAAGAAAGUGACCACAACUUGCCAGACAGUCCCUUUGCUUCACCAACCAAAGCAUCAUCAACCUUCAAUCCAUACCUUAUGCAGAUGCAAAGCACUUGGAAUGCAAAAGCAGUGGAGAAUUAGCUGGAGGGAGUGGUGAUGAUGCUGAUGAUGAUGUCUAUCCUUUUCAAAUUGGCAGGUAGAAGAAGAAGAAUUAGAAGAUGAUAGGAUUUAGAAGACAUAGAAUAUGAUUAAAGAUUAAUGCUUCAGUUAGAAGAGAAGUCAUCAGAGGAGAAAGAAAAA